GUGAUGAAGUUUCUCUUUGUCUUCGUCCUCUCGCUUGCUGUACUCCUUCGUAUCGCUGCAGAAGAGGACUCCCAGAUACGGCCACAAGACGGCCAUGUGGGUCUGGCCACCCUGCUGGUACUUCUCGUCCUGCCCCUCGUAGUCCUUGCAGCCGACAGGCUCUAUCUUAUCUUUUGCUCGCUCGUCGGUGCUGCGAUUGGUGCAUCCGCGAGCUACACCUGCACAGGACUGGUCGUUCUUCCGUGCCUGGCCGUGGGCCUUCUCGUGUCUUUGACCGCAGGACUGGCCGCCCUCGCCUUUCUGCGUUGGAGAUGCUUCGGCUGGCGUCUUCUCUCUCCCCCACUUGGCUCGCUUCUGGUCACAGCCAGCCUUCGCUAUGCCUUUGACCGCGUGUCCGGGCGGCAAGGCCAAGCAUAUUGGUUGAACUUUGCUGAUGAGCCAUGGUCUGACAUGAGAGCGUUCUCUUCGGACUUCGGGGCCGUGUCUUUCUUGUGCGCCUGGGGCGUCCUCGCAUUGCUGGGAUGGUAUGUUCAGUUUGCCAAUCUUCUGGGUUUGGAAGACCCGCUGGUGGUUCCAGAUCACAUGCUGGCUUUCUUUGACAAGAUCCAGGCAUGGUUUCCCUUCGUCUUUGACGGCUCUGGGGACCCUGAGGAAGGGAUGCUCGGGAGCCCGAGCGUGCUUGUGCCAUUUCUCGAGCAUGUCCCGAAGCAGUAUGACUCGAAGCCCGAGGUCAUCAUGACCCUUUCUGUGUUCAGCGUGCUGCUGUUGUUUGGCCUUUUAUGCAGUCGACCGCUGCUGCUUUUGGGCCAUGUGGUCCUCAUGUCUUGCGCUGUAACACUCGUGACAGCUGGUUUUCUCAGCGGCGAUGAAGUGAACAGUUCGCAACAUUUGCAGUUCGGUGGAGUCGAAAAGCCGAAGAGCUUGGUGUCAAGGCUGCACCGCUGCAGCUUCGAAGUCGCGGGAGGUCUGGCAGCGCUUGCAGCACUUGGUGGCUAUGGGUGCGUGUGUGCCGGGAGCCGACCGGAUGACGCAUCGCACCCCGAGCUAUCAGCUCUGGAUGCUGACAGGCCUAUCCGGAUGCUGCAUCAGUGGCUGGGCUACGCUAUUCUGGGCAUCAUUAUCGUCAUGGCCUCGACAGGUGCAGCCACCCGCGCGGGGGCUUGUCAGCAAGGCAAUGGCCCACGGGUCGUGACAACUUUCCAGCGAGUUCUGGGGAAGAUGACCUAUGCCAUCGCAGCAGCAACCCAGAUCCUGGGGUACUUCAUUGCUGGGUUGCUUCCUCUCUGGGCAUCCUGGCUGUUGACGAUUUGUCUGGUGGUGGUGGCAGUUUCGACCCUGGCUUCUAAAGUGCUGCAGCUGGAGGCGGCGCACCAGGUCCCUGAGAUGUGCUAUGCGCCGCCCAGCGCAUUCUUGCUUGAAAAGGUUCCGGCUGUCGAUGCGCAGAUCAGCUUCGCCAGCACCAAGCUUGAGAGCGGCCAAAGCGAGUCGCCGCAAGCGCCGCAGCCGGCACAAAGCAAGCGCCCACAGCCGCAACAUCCCAAAAAAGAAGAGACGGCAGUCUUCAGGCGUGAGAAGAGCACGCGCCGCUUGGCCGGAGCGCUGAUGGGGAACCUGAGGGAGCAUCGACGGCAGGCUCUGCUCACCAUGUACUUCGGCCGCUGGCAGCGCAGCCUGCUUGCCAAUCGCCCUCUGGCAGAAGUGCGAGAGGCUGCCUUUUUUGGCAACCUGGCGAAGUUUUGUGCCCGUUCUGAGCUUCUGGACAUUCCCCUGAAAGCCUAUGCCAAACUCCACGGCAGCUACGAUUCGAUAGAGGGCGGCUUCGUCAACGAUGCUUUGGUGGAUAUGACAGGAGGCAUUGGGGAGAAGAUGCACCUUCAUGACAAGGCUGCACGGAAAGAAAUCAACGACGGCACGAUGUGGGCGAAACUUCUUAGCCUCGCAAAAGACGGCCACCUGCUAGGCUGCGGGUCGGGAUCCGGGAAGGACACGGACAUCAGCCGGGUACUGAGAUGCGCAUGCGCGAAGGGCCAUGCCUAUUCCAUUCUGCGGGUGGAGGAGGUGGAGGGAAACAGAUUGCUGCAGCUGCGCAAUCCAUGGGGAUCUACUGAAUGGAAAGGAAAGUGGAGUGAUGGCGACAAAGAUAGUUGGACGCAGAAGAUGAAGAAAAAGCUUGGCUAUGUGAAUGCCAAUGACGGCUCCUUCUGGAUGGCCUUUGAAGACUUCGUGAACCACUACCGCUGCGUGUACAUUUGUCGACUUUUCGAUGAUAGCUGGAACCGCGUUUUCGUCAACUCUGAGUGGAGGGGCGAAACCGCAGGCGGUUGUCGAAAUUUUCCGACCUACGAGAAGAAUCCCAAGAUUCAGCUGAUUGUCAAGGGACGUGUGAACCUCAUCCUCACCUUGGAGCAAGCAGACUCCCGUGGUGGAUUUGACGGCGACGAAGAGAUCCCCAUCGGUUUCAGGGUCUACCGGGAUCGCAGCCUUUCCGGAAACGGAGUCUGCGGCACGUCGACCUAUGCCUACGAUAGGGAGCUUUGCGUGGAUGUCGAGCUGACGGAGAACACAGCUGGCCCCUACAUCAUUCUUCCCACCGCCUUCAAGCCGAAUAUGGAGAGAGGCUUUAUCUUGAAGGCGUUCUGGAAAGGUGCCCCGGAUGUGGUGCAGAUGCAGAAAGAUUAG